CAGCCUUUAUCCCCAUAUAUUCUUCUCAUUCUUGUAGCUACCCACUAAAAGCCCUGCAGGCAUAAUAACAGUGUGAAACUAAGCUGCAAAACAAUGGCUCUCAGAAUCUGGGCUUCUUCCACAGCCAAUGCAUUGAGACUCUCCACUGCUUCCUCCAAGCCUAAUCUCUCCCCAGCUGCUGCCUUCUCCCUCUCCAGAUGCUUUUCUUCUGUCUUGGAGGGGCUAAAAUAUGCAAAGUCACAUGAAUGGGUGAAGAGUGAGGGAUCUGUUGCCACCAUUGGCAUCACUGACCAUGCUCAGGACCACCUUGGAGAAGUGGUGUUUGUGGAGCUGCCAGAUGUGGGCACUGCUGUUAAACAAGGCAGCAGCUUUGGAGCUGUGGAGAGUGUGAAAGCCACAAGUGAUGUGAACUCUCCAAUCUCAGGGGAGGUUGUGGAGGUCAAUACCAAGCUCACCGAGGGGCCCGGAGUGAUCAAUUCGAGCCCAUAUGAGGAUGGAUGGAUGAUCAAGGUAAAGCCAUGCAAUGAAUCAGAACUGGGAUGCCUGAUGAACCCAAAAGAGUACACCAAGUUUUGUGAAGAAGAAGAUCACUGAGAUUCUUCUUGGACUAACUGGCCUGGCUUCAUGGUUGAUAUUCAAGGUUGAUAUAUAUACCAUGUCUGUACAAUGUAUCUCUCAGUUAUUCAAAUUUCUACAAUCAUCAAAAUCAUCACAUUUGGUUUUCUGACUUCAACCAUUCUCUCACUCUAUUAUCUCUUCAUAACUUGUAAUUCCAACAUUUUGAAUUGCCACACCCUCAAAGCGAAAUUCUUUGCCA